AUGGCACUGCCUAAUUUCAAUGCUCUCAGAGACUUGCAUAACUCUGCCAAUGAUCUUCUCCAUUCACCAGAGAUCCAACAAGUUCUUCUCAACCAGAAACAAGAAAAAUGGCUUCACGAAGUCUCGGAGUCAUCUCUAAGAAUGCUGGACGUGUGUGGUAUUUCUAAGGAUGUUCUUUUGCUUGUCAAAGAACAUCUUCUAGACUUACAAUUCACAUUACGUAGAAAAAGAGUUAGCAAGCCAGAUAUUAGUACCAAAAUUGCAGCCUAUAAUUUCUACAGAAAGAAGCUAAAGAAAGAGACAAUGAAAUGCCUGAAAUCACUGAAGGGAAUGAAAGGCAACAAGUCUGUGACUUCAGAUAUCUCAAAUGUAGACCACAGCAUUAUCGUGGUUGUUGAAGUACUGAGAGAAGUGAGAGUCACUACCAUCACCAUUGUUGAAUCUUUGUUGUCUCUCAUCUCAAUUCCAUGGCUGGACCAAGGAUCAAGUAAAGGGUCUUUUAUAAGAUCAACGUUUUUGCGAACAAGUGGACAGAGUUUGUACGAUUUUUUUGACGAAACAGCACUUCAAACUGCAGAUAAAAGACUGGAGGCAGUGGAGAUUGCCGUUGAAGAUCUUGAAGUUGAAUUAGACUGCAUGUUCAGGCGUUUGAUCCAGACAAGGGUUCUGCUCCUUAACAUACUUACCAAUUAA